AUGUCGUACCAACCCGUGCCCUCCCAGCCCCCCGCAUAUGGCGAGGACCCGGCCGCCCGGACGCAGGGCGAUAACGUGCCCGAUGACUUCAAGUACUCAGUAAACGUGGCGUCGUGUGAAUUGCCCGUGCGCCAGAUGUUCAUCCGCAAAGUGUACGCGCUCCUCUCGGUCCAGAUCUUUGCCACGAUGCUUGUGGGAUAUGCGAUCCGGCUGCAUGAGCCGCUCCAGACAUGGUGCAUGAACAACAUGUGGCUUUACAUAGUAUCCAUAGUGGGCACCUUGGGGUUCGCCAUAGGCGCCAACAUCAAGGCGCGCCUGUACCCCAUCAACCUCGUUUUGCUAGCGGGCUUCACGUUGUGCGAGCUGUACGGAGUCGGGCUUGCGUGCUCGUUUGUCGACACCGACGCCGUGGUGCAGGCUCUAAUGAUCACGUUUGUCGUGUUCAUGGGCCUCACGGUCUUCGCCUUCCAGUCGCGCUACGACUUCCGGAGCUGGCAGGGCGCCUUGGGGAUCUCGGUGUGGGCGCUCAUCGCCAUCGGCUUCGUGAACAUGUUUUUCCCCGGCAAUUCCAAAGGCUUCGAGAUGCUCUACUCUGGCGCAGGCGCGUUGAUCUUCUCGGCCUACAUUCUCGUGGACACCCAGCAUCUCAUGAAGACCUACUCGCUCGACGACGAGGUGUCUGCGGCCAUCGCGUUGUACUUGGACAUCUUGAAUCUCUUUCUCUUCGUGCUCCGUCUUUUGCUGAGCAGAAACGACGACUGA